CUGUUUGUCAACAAUCAAAAAUUGAUUUAUUAUCUCAACAAACUUCCUUAAUACCUAUGCCAACACUUCAAUCAACAUCAGAAUUAGCUGAAGAACAAAAAACUUGUGAUCAUAUGGCUCAGUUGGAUAUCAAGUCAAAUUUACAAUUAUUAAGAGAGCAAGAAAAGGUGGCUCUACAAUCUAUUAAGAAAUUAACUGAAGAAGAAAUGAUUCAUAUUGAUCAAUGGUUAUCUGUAUUACAUAAAACAUAUGAAGAUUGGGAAUAUCCAUCAUCGCAUCGUGUAUUUCAAGCAGUUACAUAUUUUAAUGAUGAACAAAAAUUAUGGUAUGAACAGAUAAAAUCUGAAAUUAAUAAUGAUUGGUCAUGCUUUUGCAAUCGCUUAAAACAACAUAUUCAAGAUCGUCAGAAGACUCAAAUUCAUCUUCCAUCAAUGAAUCAUCCAUUAUCCGAUAUUAAUGAAAUAACAUCAAUGGAAAAUUUUAUUGAUACAAAAUUUACUAAAUAUUCUGUUCAAGCUAUACCAUUUUUAUUAAUUGAUGAAGCUUAUUUGUGGUACGUAGAACAUAUUGAUUUAAUCACCAGUUUCGAAUUAUUUAUUAAAUUACUUCUUCAACAAUACUCAGCUACAUCAUCAACAGCACAAAAUAAUACUCCUGUAGAAAUGGUUGCAUCGUCGAUUAUUGCUCCAAAUUUUUUACCUACAUCACAUUUACAGCAAACGAUUGCUGAUGAAAUUAUUAAAAAACCAACAUAUUUUCGUGGCUCAAAAGACGAUGUUCAUGAUUGGUUAGAUAAAUUAGAACAACGUUUUAAAAUGGCAAAAUGGAAUGACGAAGAAAAAUUACAAUAUAUUUCAAUCCAUUUACAAGAUGAUGCAUAUCGAUGGUGGUCACAAACAUCUACGACGAUUAAAUCAUGGUCAUCAUUCACUGAAGCCGUUAUAAAAGCUUUUGGAUCAACAAAAGUACAAGAAUUAGCAUUUGAACAAUUAAAAUGGUACAAACAACCGGUUAAUCAAUCUAUUAUGCAAUAUUAUGAUAAAAUUAUUGAACUAUGCAAGAAAAUUGAUCCAGCUAUGCCUGACUCAUUAAAAUUAAAAUAUUUAAUGGCCGGUAUAAGAGAAUCAUUAAAAUUACAUGUUGCAUUGCAAGAUCCAAAAACAACUGACUCAUUUUUAUUACUUGCUAGAAAAAUUGAAGAUACAUUAUCAUUUACCAGUACAAACAAUGACGUGCACCAGGAUGAGAUUAACAUCAAUGUUACUACAGCUCAAAAAUCGUUAGAACAAACAACUACUUCACAAAAAUCAAGUAACAAUAUUCGACGAAAUAUACCUUCACACGCACAAUCACUGUCACGUCCAAAUUAUCCACGUACUACACAAACUUCGUUUAAGCAAAAUCAACGUUAUGAACCUUCAAGAUAUUCACAAUAUGCAGAACGAUCAAAUUGCUGUUAUAAGUGUGGUACUCCUGGACAUUAUGCUCGGGAUUGUACCCGUACCCAUUUCGGGUAA